CAUGUACGCUUGGGGGUGAACCCAGCUUCGCGAUGCAGGUCGCCUGCUUGCCGUGCUUGCUUGCAUCCCGGCGCCCGGCGGGCUUUAAGAGCGGUCGCCUACGUCAGGGCAGCCCUGAUCCGCGCUUUCUGACUGCCAAUACUUCUUUUGGCUGUCUUUCUUUCCUUUUUCGCCAUUCUGAUCUCUUUCCGACACCUCAGGAGGGGCACCGACACACAUCACGCACGAAGUGUCGCGCUUGUCGCGGCCCAUCACCCUGGCCUGAGUAUUAGCAGAGAAGGAUAAGAUAGGAUGAGCGCUAGGCGCCCGAACGGGGUGUUCCUCGUCGGCAGCUUCAUCGGUGCCGACCUCGGUCUUGCCGAACGACAUAAGAGGCGUGUCGGGAGGCAACACAUCUUCUUGGCAUGGAAACUUCUUGUCGGGCUCUCCUGACAGGCGACGCCGCGGUCCAACCUGCUGCAUGAUAACUCAAGUGGGGCUUUCCCCGUCCUCAGGAACUCAAUCAACGCGAUGUCGGACCAAGGGUCCGCACUACCCUUCGCGGCGGCUGGUAUCAAGGCCACUUCGUCCACAUGGCUGACAUCUCUUCUUCCAUGGACCGCCGGCCCGUUGUCUGGGGUAAUGCAAGGGUCAGCACCUCGCUCCAUCACUAUCGCAUUCCGCCUGGCCUGGUCCGCCUGAACUUCUGGACGUAAACCGCCGGGGCCACGGUCGCGGGCUGCAACCGGAGGGAGGCUACUGGGAGCGGAGGCCGGCGCACCGUCUACUGGUGAUAGGGCGAGGAGCGCUUCUGUGGGCAGGGCAGCGGCAGGCCCCGAGCCUCUAGCGGUAAAAUUUGUGGGCACGGCGGCACGGGGCUCACGGUGCGGAACGGCGCGCGCGACACAUGCAGCCGGGGUGCAUGUAGGUGAUCGAUGCGAGAUGCAAGG